AUGUUCGCCACCAGAGUCCUCCGCCAGGCUGCCGCCCAUGCCGAGCGCACCCCGAGCAUCAAGUUCCUCGGCCGCCGCUCCAUUCCUUCUUCCAUCGACCACAGCCCCGCCCCUCACCCGGCCUCGCCCACUGGCAAGCUUCCCGCCAACUUCGGCAACGGCUCCGCCUCCCCCAAGCACACCAGCUUCAGCUCCUACCGCGACCACGCCCAGCAGCAUGGUCCCCUCCAGCGCACCAUCGGCGGUGGCGUAGGCGGCUCUACCGGUCACCAGCUUGGCUCCGUUGUUCCUCCCUCCGGCGUCGCCUUCGACCGCUCGGAGCUCCCCGCCCGAUUCCGUCGUCAGCCUCUCGACAUGGCUGAGAUUGAGGCUGUCGAGUCCGGCGGCGCUGCCCUCUUCGGCUGA